GUGAUAGUUCAUAGCUUGCACGGUGAGGUGUUGAUACAGAUUGAUCACGUGAAGCAGCGGUGGGAGAUGAAGCGAUUGUAGAAUAAACUGUUGGAUGUUGAAAUACCCGCGGCGAGAGUGCCGUGGUGACGACGCCCCUCCACACAAGGUGUGAGCAGCAGCCCUAAUCACCACUGUCUGCCCUUUCUGCAGGUUGACUGUGCAUCAUUAAGACAGACAGACCGGCACCCGCGCUUGCUCAUCUGACUCCAUCCUCUCGGGAGGAUCCGACUCUAUACACUAGCCAGGAGACCAGGGCCUCUACAGCUUUGCCAGUGUCGGCUGCUGCUGCUCCUAUAGAGGGUCUCCUAGUGUGUGUUCAGCGCUAAAGUAUUAGCCUCUACAAUGGCCUGGUUGAGCACCGAGUUCUACUUCUAUAAGGGGAGCGCGCCCUGCCGCGCCGUCUGGAUGACGCUCAAAAUCCUCAAUGUGGACUUCGAGGAGAAGAUCGUGGACCUGCUGAAGGCGGAGAACAAGCGUCCGUGGUUCAUCAGGCUGAACCCGCAGCAUACUGUACCCACCAUCAACGAACCUGGAUUUGUACUGUGGGAGAGCCGGGCCAUCAUGAUGUACCUGAUGAACAAGCACGCUACCGAGGCCACCCAAUACCUGUACCCGAAGGAACCUGAGGAGAGGGCCAAGGUCGACCGAAUGCUCUUCUUCGAUAUGGGGACACUCUACCACGCCAUCAAGGAGUACUUCGGCCCCAAGAUCCACCAGGGUCUUCCCCCGGACCCAGAGAAGGAGAACCUGCUCAAGACCAGCCUGGACUACCUCGACCACUUCCUGGAAAUUGGGGGAGUGCAGUACCUCUGUGGGGACAGGAUCACAAUUGCUGAUAUCGCCGUGCUUGCCUCCAUAACUGAGCUGGAUGCUAUGAACUACAGCUACAAGUGCUAUGGUGACUUAAACAGGUGGAGUGAGAGGAUUAAGGAGAACUUCCCUUAUUAUAAGGAGUGUUGCAUGGAAGGCGUGCAGAUGACCCGAGAAAGAGUAAAGCAACUGGAGGCUGACUUCAAAAAACAGAUGGAGAAAGAACGCAAAGCGUCCCUCACCAAGAAGUAAAGAAAGAGGAAGAAAAAUCAAGAAAAUUAUGAUAAGAGAGAAAUGAUUUUUGCCUUUUAUUCACUCUGAAAAAAUAAAAUGGGGUUUAUCAUAAAUAUAUUAUUUAUUGCAUGAAAUAAGUGAUACUUCCUCAUGAAGAAUGUUCACAGCAGUAUUCAGAUUAACAAGACAAUCAUCAGUGUGCCAUGGAGAAGAAUUCUUGGCUACUAAAUCUCUACUGUUUACCUAUUAUUUGUUUAUGAUAAUAGCACAACCCUCCUGUUGAACCAGAGGAUUGUAGGCAUUAGCUCAAACCCUUCAUUGAUGAUAUAUUUAUAUUUUUAUUAAAAAGUAAAUGACUGCUUGGCAGUCAUUUGGGAAGGCUUGCAAUUCUGCAUUUUGAAUAGGAUUACAGUAACUGAUAAUAAGUUUAAAUUUUAUAUAUAUAUUACAUAAAAUGAUUUGAAUUUGAUACCAAGCAGGAAAUUAGCACAUGAUGUUGCAAUAUCAUAAUUUGCAAUUUAAUUCUAGUUACUGUAUACAAUUACCAAUAAUACAAUACCAAGAAUACAAUAUCAGAUACUGCAUUAUACAAGGUAAUAUUGCAAAUGGCAGUACUUAAGUCACACUACACUGAACUAAAUUUCUGACUGUAAUGAAUGCUAUUUAUACAACUUUAUGCAACGUGUCCUUAUUUAGGCAAUGUAGUGACUGUAUCAACUGUCACAAUGUGCAUGUGCCACAGUGUGGGUACUACUGUUGUACUUUAUUUUUUUGGAUUUGAUUAGGCUAUGUUAGCAGUGGGAUUUUGUUUGGUUUUCAAUUUAACGCUUAAUAUAUGCUUCUUAAUUGAAAACAGUUUUGAUGGUUUAAACAUAGAUGGUAAUAAUUAUAUAUCGUGCUUAUUUCUGUAAAAAAAAAAAAAAAAGACAGCUAAAUUGGAAAAAACUAUAUACAAUUUUCCUUAAGCUCAUAUUUUGGUUGGACUCGGUUUUGAUCUCACAAUAGGAUAUCGCAGAGUUAAUAUCCAAAUUAUACAGACUGAUAAUAUCAAAGAUGAAUGCUCUCUCUAACUUGACCAAUAUAAAGAGUAUAACAUCCACUGUGUGUUAAACCCAGUAUCUGACAAUAUUAUUCUUCUCAGUGAAACAUAACACACGAGGUUGUAUGUAAAUGUAGCUAAAUCUACUUGUGUUAUAAAAUGGAUUAGGCUGUCUGACUUGAAGACACAGUCACUGUCUUAUAUCUGUGGCUAGUGAUGUGCCCUCCCCGACAUCAGGAUGUGGUCAGCUCUCGUACAACUAUACUGUACGGGUGGCAUGUCCUGCCUGAUGUGAGGAUGUGCCUCUAAUAUGCUUGGUGACACGGAAUGUCUAUCGUGAGGGCAUAGUCACCUCUCGUAAGCCUAUACUUUUGACUUGUCUGCUUCAGUAUUAAUGUUUUGCUUCAUAUGUUUAAAGCCAACAUGACAACAUUUACCAUCCUACACUGGUCCUUGCAAGGUUGGAGAUGUUCAAGUCUUGAAUUAUGAGAGUUUAUUUAUCAAAAGUUGUAAUGUGAUAUUUACUCGUUGUUUUCCUCUCGAUGAUUGUUACUUAUUCAAUGCUUUUCUUUUCAUAAUUAACAUCCUUAAAUCUGUCUUGUAUUUAUUGCAGUUGUUACUAACUACUAGCAUCUUCAUAUAAAAUAGGUAAGCUAACCAAGUUUUCUGAACUUUAACAAAAAAAAUAAAAAAAAUAAAAAAAAGAAAAGAAAGGGAGUCUCCAUGAUCAUGCAGUUGUGCACUGCUUAAUUUAACCCUCAAGAACAAUACCAGCUUACUCGUCAAUCAUCUCCUUCCUUGCAAGGCCCUAUUUGAGUCAUACAUGAAAUGAUAUCUAGACAAUGUUUUUCAGAGAAUGUAGUUUGUAACUUAUUUAACAUAUCUAAUGGAAAAAAAUAUAUAUAUGCCCAGGAAUUCUCACUUGUCGAGGAAGUUGUGAGCAAGUACAGUUUGUUUGUCUGCCUCUUGUAAUUGAUGGAUGUGAUAGCACACUUAAUGCUAUAGUUAUAAAGGAAACUUCUCUCAACAGACACAGGGUCAUGCUUCUGUCGUCCUCUGUUCAAUAAGGUAACUGUCUCUGUUUGCAUCUCUGUGUCUGUCUCUCCCUAUCCAUCUGUGUUUACAUCUCUCCAUCAACCUGUGUACUUCUCCUGAUCACUGUUUCUGUAUGUCUAAACUGUUUGGUUGUAUCUACUCGCACCAACUUGUAUUCCCCCGUCUUUGUCCUGUAUCCUUAGGCAUGUGGUUUAUCUCGUAUGCAGAACACACUUUUGAGUUCAUUAAAAUAUUUGUAUAAAAAAUGUAAUUCUUGUACCCUUCAAUCUUUCUCAACUAGAUAGAGGCACACAGUUCUGUCAAGACAAACAUACAGAUAAUGGCUCAUUUUUACUAUCGCAUAUCAUAGUUCAGGUUUACUUAAAAAAAAAAAAAAGUAUGUGUACUCAUAUGGAGAAAACAAAUAUUUUUGUGUGUAACUCUAUUCAUAGCAGAAUCAUAUUGACUGUCAAUAGAAAAUUAUAUAUAAAUAUAUAUUAUUUUUUUUGGGGGGUGGGGGGUGGAGAGAAAAUUUUUAAUGUCUUAUACGAGUAUAACCACACUGGGAGCACCUUUUUUGCCCUAUGACUGCCAUACUUUGGAGAAUUGUGAUUGUUUGGCUCUAGGAGCAUCACACCAUGGAGAGCAGCGAGUGCCUGGACCUAUGAGUGCCGCAUCGGAGAGAACAGCAUUGGCCCUGUGUCUGGGCUCACCGUUGUAGUUAUGUUGGUCACAUAUUGAUGCUUUCCUGUAAAGUGUGUGAAAAUAAAGUUUUAUUCCAUAA